UUGGCCAUGCUGUGCCGCGCGCUGCUCCGCCGCGCCGCCGCGCCGCCCCCCCCGCCCCGUCGGUCCUCGCCGCUCCCCCUGCAGCACCUCCUGGAUAGCUACCGGUGCAGCCAGGAAGAUGACCACCUGUCUUACGGGGAAACGGGAACGCCGGUCCCUCCUUUCGGCUGCACCUUUUCUGCAGCCCCGAAUUUGGAGCACGUACUGGCAGUUGCAAACGAAGAAGGGUUUGUUAGACUGUAUGAUACUGAAGCUCAAACUACCAGCAAACUCAUCUUUAAGGAAUGGCAGGCUCACUCAAAUGCUGUAUUUGACCUUGCCUGGGUACCAGGGGAACACAAGAUUGUCACUGCUUCAGGAGAUCAGACAGCCAAGGUGUGGGAUGUGAGAGCCAGCGAGCUUCUUGGCAUAUGCAAAGGUCACCAGUGUAGCCUCAAGUCAGUUGCUUUUUCUAGAUCUGAGAAAGCUGUCUUCUGUACAGGAGGCAGAGAUGGAAACAUCAUGGUUUGGGAUACCAGGUGCAACAAGAAAGAUGGAUUUUAUAGGCAGGUGAAUCAAAUCAGUGGAGCACACAAUGUAGUUGACAAGCAGACUCCUUCCAAACCAAAGAAGAAGAGACAGAAUCUAAGAGGACUUGCCCCCAUGGUGGAUUUCCAGCAGAGUGUAACUGUGGUGCUGCUUCAGGAUGAGCAUACUCUUAUUUCUGCAGGAGCUGUUGAUGGCGUGAUCAAAGUAUGGGACCUGCGCAAGAACUAUGCUGCUCACCGUCAGGACCCAGUGCCUUUCAAGUCUUUCUGCUACCCUGGGACUAGCACUCGCAAACUUGGAUAUUCCAGCCUGGUUUUGGAUUCCACUGGUGCUAAUCUGUUUGCCAAUUGCACUGAUGACUGUAUCUACAUGUUCAAUAUGACAAGUUUAAGGACCACGCCAGUGGCAGUUUUCAGUGGGCACCAGAAUUCAACUUUUUACAUCAAAUCCAGCACCAGCCCAGACGACCAGUUCCUGGUCAGUGGCUCAAGUGACUGCAACGCAUACAUCUGGAAGGUGACUGAGCCCAGCCUUCCUCCAUGGGUACUCCUUGGUCACUCCCAAGAAGUUACGUCCAUUGCUUGGUGUCCUUCAGACUUCACUAAGAUUGCCACAUGCUCUGAUGACAACACCGUGAGGAUUUGGCGAUUACAACAUUGUCCUGAGAAGGAGAAAUCAGCAUUCAGCAAAAGCAACUUGGUUGGCUGGGUCACUCGGAAGAAACCAGAAGAACAACGUGGAGCAGGACCACGAGCCACCUCACAGAGUACUCCUGCCAAAGCCUUCCCCGUGGGCAGCCUGUGCGUUUCCUCGCCACAGCCGGCUGCCUGUGCUCCUGCUUGUUCUGGAGACCUUCCCCUGCCUACAAACACUCCCACAGGCACUCUCAAAAUCCAGACGGCUGCAGUCUGCACCCCAGCCAAACAGAGUGGAGCCAGCCCAUGCGCUUCUCCCAGAGUGAUCCCUUCCUCCAAAAUGUCCAUUAAAGACUGGGUUACAAGGACUCCAUGCUCUUCUCCUCCAGAAGUGGGGAAAAAGGCUCCUUCUCCUAGAAAAGCCCUGGCAGAAGUCACCCAAGAUCUCCUGGAAGCCGCUUGCCCUCCUAAAGCCCCACACUCACAGUUUGAAAAGCGUGCCAAGAGAAGGCUUGACUGCAGCAGGGAGGACGACACAGGGCAGAAGUGUCUGCAGGCCUGUAGCUGUGUGACUGAACUGGACCACGCAGCUAAGAAAUCUAAGUUAAAUUUAUGUCACUUGGUUGCAGACCAAAAAGCUUGUGAUGAAGGCUCUCUCAGCCUAAUUGACUUGGAUAAUGACUGUGAAGGCUCCGGUCAUAGCCCAAAAGAGCCUUCCUUACCUGGAAGCUGUUUUAAUCCAUCGAGCAUUCAAACUCCACCCCAUCUUUUCAGAUCUCCAUGCAGGAAAGACGCAGAGGUAGUAGAUAAAGAGAACAGUUCACCUGAAAAAAAAAAUUGGUUGUCUGCUCUGGGAGAGAAGCUCCAGACUGGCAGAGCUGGCAGGAAGAGCGUUUCAAAUGGCCCCCCAUCAUCUUGCAGUCCUGGUGCCAAACGACAAGAGGCUGUGGCAGUGUCCACUUCACCAAAAACUGCUGCAACCACUUCAGUUUCCAUGAGGAAGAUCUGCACAUACUUCCACAGAAAGACACAGAAUGACUUGAAGCAGUGUGCAGCAGUUGCAGCUGACGGAUGUUGACACUGGUAUCUAGACCAGAUUUUAGCAAUGCUGACAACCAUGUACCGGGAUUGCAGUUUGUUGUCAGACGUUCAUAAACUUGGGGUUUUAAUCUUCUGUUUUUAAAGCCAUUAAGAGUAGAGGUCAGCUGGGUGCAGAAAAUCUACACAAUACUUACUCAUGAUCUCUUAGUGACUCAAAUGGUGGAUUUUUAUAUAAAGAAAAACGAAGUAUUUUUUAGGUGGCAGCUGUUACAGUCCAAAGACAGCAAGCGCUCUGCUGUGCGGCGAUGUUGACAGGCACAUAUAGCUUGUCAGUUUAUGUUGCUAAUCUGCCACUGAAACUUCCUCUACUUAGGAGCAGUGUGUAAAUCAUUACACCCUCCUGAAAAGCAAGUGUUGGAAUGUGUGUAGAGAAACUUGCUGGAGGUAGAUCUGAGCCCCUUCAUGCUGAAAGGCAUUUCUACAGUUACUCCGCUAGUACUGCCAUGAUUACUCGCUUCCAGCAGGGAAGUAAUGAAUGUGUUAAGUAAAUAUAAAAGACUUUUAAACAUUUUGUGUCCAUCUGACAGUGAUUAUAGUCUAAAAGGAGACUAAAUAUAAUCAAGUACAUAAUGCCUGUACUCCUCUUGCCAUUCCUGUGGUUCUCCCAAUCUGAAAAAUUCUGUACAUACCGACUUAGCUGGCUCUUGAGCCAUCAGAGCUACAGCUUGUCACUUCUCUGAAAUAAAAUGCUAGCAAUGUGCAUUAGAAAAAUGCACAUUGUGCAUUAGAAAAAUGCUCUAUCCCAAAUAGGCAUCCUGUAACAGCCAGUUGCUCAGUCACCUCUUACAGAUUCAGCCUGUAGCAAAGGCAUUAAAAACUGCUUAUAACUUAACUUCUUAACACUUUUAUAAUACAAUAUCUGUAAAAUAAUAGCUUGUAAAUUGGAGGAGGGGCACUUGACAUUCUAGAAAGCACUUGUCAGAAUUUACAUAUUAAUAUUAAAUGCUUUGCCAUUGUAAGUUGUCACUGAUGCUGAAAGAACAAGGUCACUGAAAUGAGAUCACUGUCCUGCUGGCUAAGGAUACUAACUCCUCAGUCAUGCUUUCCCCAAGGGGAGUUAGUAGAAGAUCCUUAUCUUAAAUUGGAGCAUUUACUCUUGUCUUCUGGUAUAAUAGUUCCUAUGAAGUUUAAAAAAACAAACUUCUGAAUCCCUGUUAAGUUUUUCUAAGGCAAAAGAAUUGAGGUAUUUGAAAGGAAUCUACCUUACACUAGCGUUUAAUAGUACGGUAGCUGAAAGGGAUUAGAAGAAAACAUGCUGGUUUGUAUUUUAUGUUGUAGAUUGUAUUUUGCAAGCAAAUAAAUGACUGGAGAGACAGUG